AUGGCAGAUUUGGAACAACAAAAUCGUGACGGGCCAUAUAUCCCAGAUGACUUCAUGUAUUCUACAAAGGUAGGGUCAUGUGAACCUCAAAUUAGACAGAAUUUCAUGAUGAAAGUAUACUCUUUACUUUCGUCGCAAUUAUUGUUUACAUUUGCAUUUUCCUAUGCAGUGGCACGUAAUGGUGGCUUACAGACAUUUAUGUUUAAUCAUAUGGCGUUAUGGUGGAUUGCCAUGAUUGCAUCUGUAGUGUCAUGUAUCUGGCUAUCCUUGGCACCACGUCCAGAAGAAGUCGAAUACAGUGCCUCUUUAUUGGAUACUGGUAAUGAUAACGAGGAUCCACAAGCUUUACCUUGGUACGUUCUAGGUCGUUCUGGGAAACUGGCAUUAUUAUCUAUUUUUACACUUUGUGAAGCUUAUACUUUAUCAGUUGUUACAUUAGUAUAUGACCCAGAUAUUGUUUUACGUGCUUUAUUGAUCACAGCUGUGAUUGUUAUUGGUGUAUCGCUUAUGGCAUUAUCUCCAAGAUUCUCAAAUGUCUUGAAUUCUGCUACUUCUAUCUACUAUUGGCUCAAUUGGGCUUUAUUAUUACUUAUUGGUAUUGGUAUCUCUUCCAUGUUCUUUGGCUUAGGUAGUAAGAUGAACUUAUUUUAUGGUUGGUUAGGAGCUAUUGUGUUCACUGUAUAUUUGUUCAUUGAUACUCAAUUAAUCUUUAGGAAAGUUUAUCCAGAUGAAGAGAUUAAAUGUGCUAUGAUGUUAUAUUUGGAUAUUAUUAAUUUAUUCUUAUCUAUUUUGAGAAUAUUAAACAAUAGUAGUGAUGAUAGUUAA